AUGGAACCUUCAAGAGUAACAAGUAACUCAUUUCACGGCUUACACCGUUAUCAGAUAUUAGGUGAAAUUGGAGAGGGUGCGUUUGGAAUUGUUUAUAGAUGUAAAGAUCGAUUGACUGGUGAUAUUGUUGCUUUGAAAGAGUUCAAAUCUAUUAUCUUAUCUCACAAUCAUGAAAACUCUUCUGAUUAUGAAAAUAAGGCUAAUGAUAACAUUUCCAAGUUUGCUCACAAUAGAAUUCUUUGUGAAAUAGCCACUCUGCGUAGAUUAUGUGGACAGAAACAUAUUGUUCAGCUGCGGGAUUUUUUCUUGCAUGAGAAUCGUUAUUAUAUAGCUUUGGAAUACUAUCCCCAAAGUUUACUUCAGUUUUUGGAAAAAUCAUCAAAUGGUGUUCAAAUGAAAAUUAUCCAGUCAUGUAUAUAUCAGAUUAUUCAAGCACUAGGUACCUGCCAUUCUAUGGGUAUAAUUCAUAGAGAUAUAAAGCCAGAAAAUAUUCUUAUAUCUGGGCAAGAUGUUGAUGAUAUUGAUGUAAAACUCUGUGAUUUCGGUUUUGCGCGUUUUAUUCAGCAAAAUAGUAAUAACUUAAAAGAUGACAAACAGUUUUGUGGAGGUAUUGGAGAGAAAAGCAAAUAUGGUAAUCGCCCCUUAACAAGCUAUGUUUCAACACGUUGGUACAGAGCACCAGAGUUACUAAUUCGGAGUUCUGAUUACAGUACAGGAAUUGAUAUUUGGGCUGUUGGCUGUAUUAUGGCAGAAUUAAUUGAUGGGGAACCUCUAUUUGCAGGGAACAGUGACAUUGAUCAGCUCUAUCUCAUUAGAAAUUGUAUAGGACGUUUAGAUGAGAAGCAUCAGACUUUGUUAGAAAGUAAUAAAAAACUACAUACAGCCUUUAAAAAACAUAUAACGAAAGGAUUUAUGAUAGGAUCAGAUGCAAAAUACAACUAUGGGAAAUAUAAUACAAAUAAACAUGCUAAUUAUGUGAUUCCACCCUAUCAAAUACUUUCGUUAAGGGAACGAUAUGGUAACAAGAUAGAUGAGAUAGCAUUUGACUUUCUGAAUAUUAUAUUAACCAUGGACCCACAAAAGCGACCAAAUUGCAAUCAAUUAUUAGAACAUCCAUUUCUUGCUUCAUUUAAUAGUAACUCAAAGAUUUCUAAGAUAAGCAACAAAAUUGAUUGCAUUGCUUUAUCUUUCUUGUCAUUAGAUAGUUAUCCCUCAGAAAAGAGACAACAAUUACCUAUUCAAGUCGUAACAACUAAUGCAAGUUCAAGUGAGCUACAUUCUCCCAACGAAAAGAAGGAAGAUCAAAUACUAUUCAAUACUGACAUCAUUAGUCCCGCAAAUAUAUCUCAAAAGAUACAAAAUUUGUUGUCAAAUCCAGUAAUUAUCCCAACUAGUGUAAAUAAUAGUACUAAUUGUACUGGCAAUAUAGAGAAUCUAAAAAAGAAGAUUGCAUCACCUAUUGAUGAUAAGACUACUGCUCCAUCAACUCCAGAUGAUAUCUCAACUGGUAGUGCAUAUCCAGGGUUGUGCUCAUUUCGAAGUUUACCACACGCAAAGAUAUCAUUGCCAUCUUUCCCUAUGGUGCUACCACCACCUCCUCCACCACCUAUACGACUUUUAGCAGAUACAAACAAAGUAAAAGAUGAUAAACAAUUAGGAUCACCGUCACUGCUAUACCCACUUAACUUAUAUAGUCGCUCAUUGCGAAGAAUACAAGGUACUAAGGGAUUUCUACAGCAAUCUUUUGAUAAUUAA